GUGCUCAGCAACUUGGUUGAGGUUUAGCGAUGUCUGGACGCGGCAAGCAGGGCGGCAAGGCUCGCGCCAAGGCCAAGACGCGCUCGUCCCGCGCCGGGCUGCAGUUCCCCGUGGGCCGCGUGCAUCGCCUGCUGCGCAAGGGCAACUACGCCGAGCGCGUGGGCGCCGGCGCCCCGGUCUACCUGGCGGCGGUGCUCGAGUACCUGACGGCCGAGAUCCUGGAGCUGGCGGGCAACGCGGCCCGCGACAACAAGAAGACGCGCAUCAUCCCGCGCCACCUGCAGCUGGCCAUCCGCAACGACGAGGAGCUCAACAAGCUGCUGGGCAAGGUGACGAUCGCGCAGGGCGGCGUGCUGCCCAACAUCCAGGCCGUGCUGCUGCCCAAGAAGACCGAGAGCCACCACAAGGCCAAGGGCAAGUGAAGCAUUUUAGCGUGUGGCGACCUUUUACACCCAAAGGCUCUUUUCAGAGCCAUCCAAAUUUUCAAGUAAAAGAGUGUGUUGCUGAAAAUACCAGGGUGAAAUUAAUGGUUUUGGGCGUUCUGUGGUCUCAUGUCCUACGUGAGUCUGUAGGUGGCGCAGUUGCGCGUGAAGUGACCAGGCACUUUGUGUCCCGACUGUGGGGCAGUUUUGUCCGGGAGUACCAGUUUUGCACAAGGAACAAUAUUUUAACGUUAGCCAACAUUUCACAGGAAGCAAGUUUCAGAAAAGGUUAGAGACAUUACAGAUAAAUUCAUGAAAUGGGGAAACCAAAACUAAGGAACGAAUGGAGAUGUACUCCGCAUAACACAGCAGAAUUUUUAAGGAUGUUAUUUGGAUGAGACAGCUAAUCGGUUUAUUGCAAAGUGGGCACAGUCGGUCUUCAGAUCUUGAACCGAGGUAAAAACUUGUAGACCAAUUUUAGGAUGAGGUCAUGCAAAGACUAGACUUGGAAAUGGCACGAAUAAAGCUUGUGACGGUAGCACAAGGCAAAAUAGACGGAUUCCUGAGGUGUAAUCUUUCCUUCCUAUCACACUUGUUAAACCAGAACAUUUUACAGGCUUUUGAAGUGUUUCAUUGUAGGUACUAAGAAGUCCAAAAAUUAAAAAAAGUAAUUUAGGAAAUGAUCUCUCACGGGUUAUAAACUAAGAAACCUUCACGGAUUAGAAAUUGCAGUAACCUAUCCAAUCAAAAUUUCCAGUCAUCCACCAAUCGCCUCGUUCAUUUUCAACCAAUGAUUUUGGUGCGCGGGAAUUUUGA